AUGUUGCACGUGUUUCUUCUCUUUUCCUCUCUCUUUUCAAUCUUGAGUAUCGUCUCAGGGAAAGAUCACCACGUCGCUUUCGUUAUGUGGACGUACCCCAAAAAAGUUCCUUUUCUUGAAUAUACGAUUGACUAUUUCCUUCACGCGUAUAACUACAACCACGCAGGAAUUAAAAUAGACGGGGUUUUUAUAACCCUAGGCUGUGAAAAUUGUGAUUUUCCGGUAUUCGAAGACUCGAUUGGAAAACUGAUGAAGAAUAACAUUACCGUCUUCAACGUGACGACACAACACCCGCCAUACAGUGACGACACCUUUCGGCAACACGCGAAAGACAAAUUUGAGAGUUGGUUUCAGGACAUGCGCAAAGACACGACGAACCGACGACAGCACCAUCGAUAUAACAACUUUGAAAAGGACAACUUAGUCAACUACCAUGCAGUCGAAAUAGCAAAGUACGCCACAGAGACUGUAGACCCGGACUUCCUCAUUUUCUUCGAAGACGACAUCGCAAUUGAAAAAAGGUUCUUUGAGAAGUUGAAGCCGAUCUUAGACAACUACACUGAUGGAGAUAAGAUCCUUACAAGAGUGUUACUCAACAUCAAAAAAUACGAAAAAAUUAAAGUCCAACGCGCAAAUGACCGGGUCUGUGUGGCGGGGUUCUUCGGAAUGGUUCUUGGAAAACGGGAGUUCAAGAGGUGGAAGAAGUUCCAGAAGUAUAAUAACUUGGGGUAUUGCGGAGACGCGUUCCACUGUUAUAUGAAACUCUUUUUAAACAUGACACUUAACCUUUCACAAUUCGGAAGACAUAUAGGAAGAGAUCAUAGACCAACACCAAGAGAGAGCAGAUACUGGGAUUGA